AAAUAAUCAAACGUAGCAUGUCCGCGAUACUCUUUGAUAAUGAAAAUAUAGUGCAUAAUUAGUUUGGAACUUUAUUUUUUUAUAUAAUUAUGAUCUAAAAAAGACCGUAGUUUGUAGUUUACACUUUACAAUGGAUCAGAACAAUCGGUCUAGACCAAUUGAUUUAGAUGUAGAUAGUUUUCGAAGUGAUGAACCAGAGUAUGACAGAGCUCGUAUGCGGAGACAAUCUGGUGGUUUUGUCGAUUUGGGAAAUGAAUCACAAUACGGAACGGGUGGGCAUCAAGCAUCUGGUGCGAACGAAAUUUUUGCUGAUGUACAGGGUGACGUGCCUUGGUGGAAAUCCAAUUUUUUCAUAUCGCAACCAGUUCUUUUUGGUACCUGGGAUGGAGUGUUUACAUCAUGUCUUAUAAAUAUUUUUGGAGUUAUUGUAUUCUUGCGGUCUGGUUGGAUGGUUGGACAAGCUGGCUUAGUGAAUGCAGUGUUAAUAGUCAUUUUUACAGUAUUUGUAGCUUUGAUCUCAGUGUUGUCAGCAGUGGGGAUAUGUGAAAGAUGCAGGAUAGAAAGUGGAGGAGUUUACUUUAUCCUGGCGCACACAUUGGGCUCCAGACUGGGAGGAGCAUUAGGAAUGAUUUACUGUUUUGGUCAGGCUGUAGGAUGCGCCUUAAAUGUGUUUGGAUUUGGAGAAUCCAUGGCAGAUCUAAUAGGAACUAAUGACUAUUCACCGUGGGCUGCCCGUGGGUUUUCUAUAGCUGCUGUAUUGUUACUGGGAACUAUAAAUGUUGCAGGAGUAAAAUGGGUUAUCAAGUUACAGUUUGCUCUUCUUCUGAUCAUAUUGGUGGCUGCUCUGGAUUUCUUUGUUGGUUCAUUUACUGCUACACCUGAUGCUGAAUUUAAAGGUUGGCUCAGUGGAACAAUGGCCAACAAUACUUGGGCUGACUAUCAAGAGAACUAUACAUGGUUUAAAUGUUUUGGUGUGUUCUUUCCAACCAUUACUGGAAUCCUGGCUGGCAUUAAUAUGAGUGGCGAUUUAAAAAAUCCUUCUAACAAUAUACCCAAUGGUUCUUUGGCUGCCAUAGGGACAGGAACUUUUCUUUAUCUAAUGUUCAUAAUAACACUAGCAGCGACAGUCAGUCGAGAUGCGUUAUUGAAAAACUUUUCCAUAACAGCUGAUAUCUCAGCAGUUACAGUUUUACUCCUCGCUGGAUUGUACGUGAGUUCUAUGAGCUCCUGUCUCGGAGCCAUGUACGGAACUCCGAGGGUUUUACAGAGUAUUGCUAAUGAGAGAGUUAUACCUGGUUUAGAGAUUCUUGGCCAUGGUAGGGGUCCUAACAAAGUGCCCAUACAUUCAAUGAUAGUAGUAGCAGUAGUGACAGUAACAUUCAUCAUCAUUGGAGAUAUUAACAAGCUCGCACCAAUAGUCACUAUGCCUUUUCUGAUCACCUAUGCUAGCAUUGACUACUCUUAUUUUGCUCUCGCCCAAACUUUUGAUUUGCAACAUAAAAGAGAAAUGAGAUUUCAAGGGCAGUCUCAAAGAGAUAUGCACGUGUAUGGCGCCACAGGCAGUGACUUAGAUCUGUUGUUUCCGGAAAGGAUACGACACAAAACUGUGGGAGAUUUCACUCCUUCCCCAACGGAUUCCGCGAUAAUGAAUGGGCGAGUGGCAAACGGCGACGCGCGGAGACAGGAAGUCAGUGUACACUCAAAAAAUAAAAAUUGGUACUCACACCUCUGCAAUAGAUGGCUCUCGCUGAUUGGAGUGGCAAUCAAACUGCUGCUGAUGGUUUUAGUUAACUGGAUAUACGCCAUCGGUUGUUUAUCCAUCCUGUGGCUCCUGUGGCUAUACAUCGGCGCUGCCAACCCAGCCGUGAAGCCCGGCCGAGCUUCAGAGUUUAGAUUCUUCCACUGGCUGAAAAUAGCUUUCCUUCAAGCUAUAGGAAAGCGGCCGUUAGAAUACGAACAAUUGGUUGUGACACCGAUGCAUUCGGACAUUGCCGUAGAGCAAGAGAGGCUCAACGAUGACAACGAAGACUUCGCCUCGCGCCGGCGCUACCACCAGUCCACAGCUCUGCAGAGUCAUCUUGUCAGUGUUUAAUGUUUCCAUUUUUACUAUUGUUAUUAAUAUAAUUAACUAUUUCAACUCUAAAUAUAUUUAAGUAAUCAUAGGAAUAUUUUGAUUCAAUAAUAAUUUAUACAUUAAUUGUGAUUUAUGACUAUGAAAAUCGUAUUUAUUGAUAGCAUGUAAUGUAGUAAAUAAUAUAAUAGAUGAACUCUAGAGCUUCGAUGAUAUUGACUGACUUUUAGAUGAUAUUUGCUUGGUUCUUUGUGAUAAUUUUACUAUAUUAAUUACUGCUAAUGAGUGACAUUUUUUUUAGCAAUUUACAAUAACUUUAAUAGUGAAAUAUUAAAUAUGUAAGUACUAAGUAUAUAAGAUGAAUGCAAGAGGUUUACUAUCAGUAAGCUUAAUAUGUAGAGCCUCUUCAUGCUAGCGUUUCUCCAGGGGGCGUAUGCGCAGCGCAGACGUUGUGACAACGCAACGCACGUGCGCGUUAACACUAAACGCUGUGCUGAAAAAAAAAGUUUUUUUUUUAAACUAUUUCAAAUUUGUAUUUACUAUUUUUGUUAUAUAGUUUUCGAUUGUAUUGACGCUGCGCUGUCUUCGCGCAUACGCCACACUAGCGCAGUGUUCAGGUGUGAAUGCGUCGUCGCGUUGUCGCGGCAUUUGCGCUGCGCAUAUUAUGUUCGACGAACGACGCUUGAGAAACGCUAGUGUGCAAUGGCUCUAAUAUAAAAAAGUUGAAACUUGGCACCUACUGAUACUAGCUACUUUUCUGUAAAAAGCUGGUUUGGACUGCAUUAGUACCUAUUUUAGUGUGAUAGCAAAUACAUUAACAGUUUCAUUGCAAACUAACUGAAAACUUAGCAGGUGUAUCUAUCAAUUGGGUUCACUGAUUUGGUUUUCGUGAGUAGUUGUUACCUUACAACUGUGACCAGGUUCUGAUAAUGGGGCAGGAAGGUGACCACAGGAACUCGGCUCUACUAAAUGCUAAGCAAAGUCCAGCAAGUGGACUCGUUGGAUUUGUCUCGACAAAUAGUGAUCAAGGUCUGAUGUUGGAACAGAAAGGUAAAUCGAUAACAGGUUUAUUAACCGUAUAACCAUACAUUUCAUUAGUUGGGGUGAAUUAAAAUAAUUUUUAAUUUAAUUUAUGGUUUUGUUCACCAUAACAUAAUAUGUAGGUACUCAAUUAAAAUAUAGUCCAGAGUCCAGACAAGCUUUUUAUUUAUGAUCUUGGACUAUAUAAAAUAAGCUAGUAUUACUAGUUAUCUAAUGAAUUAUUAUAAUAUUAUGUAAGAUUAGCUUUUACAGGUAGGUACCUACUAGUUCAUUUUGCAUAUUUGUCAACUAAAUCAAUUGAGAUUAGAAAGGAUUAUUUUUGUAAUAAAUUUUGUAAUACUU